AUGUACCCUCAUUCUUCCAACUUCCCCUAUGAUUACCCACAAUACCAAUACGACGAAACCAGAACCGCUGGGUUCCCAGUAGGGACUCUGCUUCACAAGGGCUUCUAUGAUCUCCUUUCCAUGAUUCCAACUCCUUCCCCGUCCCGCAUGUUGCAACAAUGGAGGGCAGAUAAUAGUCUUGUUGCUGGCACACGUUAUGAAGAACUAGACAAAGGGCUCAUUAAGUCUUUGUCUCCUCCAGGUCCGGUCUUAAAGAAGGGACGUAGAAUAAGCAAGGACAUGGUUUCGCACCCAAUGGGCUUUGUUCAUUUGGUUCAUGCUUCAGAUGCGGAUCAAGCAGAAGCGUUACUCACUCGAUGGGGUCCAGAUGGUUUGGGGAAGCUAGGGGAUCCCCGCUGGGCAAAUCCCAUAAAAAACAGAAUUCGUCAGGGUAAUCAAGCCCAAGUCGUCAAUCAAGAUGUUAACAUUCCACAACAAUCCUAUCGAGAAAGUAUUGGUCCCAUCGAUGCCGGCGCUUUAGGCCCGCUCCGAGUUGUAAAUGGAAUGAGUACUACCACCGUGACUUCUUCUUCCAUGCUCACCACGGUCGCCCGUGAGAAUUUCAGUACUCAGCCGAAUAUAGCUGUGGACGGAUUACCGGGGCGUCCGGGAAACUCAACAAUACGGUGGGGACGUGGUUUGAUCACGCAUCCUGAGCUUCAAGAACAUGAUGAGCUCGGGGGACCUUCGGAUGAUCCGGGUAAAGCUUUACCAGAAGUCCCACCUCCUCGGCCAAUUGUACCUUCUUUGGCCACCCUCGAGAAAGCAGUUUCCGCCCGAAUCUACUUUGAAAACUUAUAUUUUCCCCUCUUUAGACAUAUUCCUUCUCGUGAACAACGAAGGCUUGCCAUGGAGCGAGAUAUGAUGGAAAUGAAUCUUUCUCAGAUCCAGAAAGAAAAUCUCCGUCAACGCUGGAGACAAAACGAAACAGAGUAUCUUCGUGAACGCCGACGAAAGGUCGACGUGACGACGUUUACGAAGCUGAAGACCAUAGGACAUGGUGCAUUCGGCGUUGUAUCUCUCGUAAAAGAACAGUCGACAGGUCAGCUUUUCGCCAUGAAGCAGCUUCGAAAAACAGACAUGCUUCGGAAGGGUCAAGAAGGCCAUGUCCGCGCAGAGCGAGACCUUCUCAAAUCUGCUUCUUUGGUAUCUUCACCUGGGGGAGCAGAAUGGAUUGUCAAACUUCAUUACAGCUUUCAAGACCGGGAUAAUUUGUACCUGGUUCUUGAAUAUAUGGGUGGUGGAGAUUUAUUGAAUCUUUUGAUUGAGAGAGAUGUCUUCGAAGAAGAUUUCACGCGUUUCUAUGUCGCCGAGAUGAUACUUGCCAUUGAAUCUUGCCAUAAACAUGGUUUUAUUCAUCGUGAUAUCAAACCUGACAAUUUUCUUUUUGACCCUAACGGCCAUAUCAAGCUCAGUGACUUUGGACUGGCAACCGAUUUACAUUGGGCUCAUGACACGUCUUAUUAUGAACAGCAACGAUUGCAUCUACUGCAUAAACAUGGAAUUGAUCUCGAAGAUACCAACGGCAUUGCAGAUGGUAAGAAGACAAAGCGCAUGGAUCGCAGGGAAGUCGAGCGUUUAAUGGGAGGAGAUGGACCUGAGGGCGUAUUCACUUGGAGAGAAAAAAACCGAAGAAAGGUGAAUUCAUCAUCUGCCAGAUGUGGAACGAACUCUUACAUGUCCCCGGAAGUUAUACGAGGUCAUGGUUAUUCGUAUUCCUGCGACUGGUGGAGCCUUGGAGUUAUCAUGUUUGAAUGCCUCUAUGGUUACCCUCCCUUUGUCAACAAAUCGCGGCAUGUAACCAGGCAAAUGAUCUUAAACUGGAAACAAUAUCUUCGCUUCCCUAAACGCCUUCCUAACACAAAAGAGCCUGUAAAUUUGUCUAGCGAAGCGAUCGAUUUGAUGCAGCAACUCUUGUGCGAGCCGGAAGAUCGUUUGGGAUCCCAGGCCUCUUCUUCAGUUUCCCGACCAAACUCACUGAUCGUGCAGUCCAGACUCAGCUUUGUGCCCCAGGACUCAGCAACUGAUGGCUCUCACCUCAUUAAAACACAUCCAUGGUUCAGAGGAAUUGAUUGGGCAAACAUCCAUCGCUACGAGGCUCCCUAUCGCCCAGAAUUGCAGAAUCCCGAGGAUACGCGGCAUUUUGACGACGACAUACCGGCUGAACCUCUCGCGCCAGCCAAUGGUGCUCCCCCUGAUGCUACCCGAGACCCACUGCUUAGAGACAAAGUUCAUGGUGCCGAGAUUUUGGACGUACGCAAGGCGUUGGCGUUUGCUGGCUUCACACAUAAAAGUCCUCGUGUGUUCUCAUACGUCAGAGCAGAGAGAGCUUUCGAUCAUCUGUCGGACGACGUUGAUGUUGAUUCUCAAGCGACUGUCCGAGCCAGAGGAAGGUCGGUCCGUCGUGAAAUUCAGGAUGUUGGCAGGGGGCGUGCCAUCUCCAUGUGA